AUGGUCGCUGCUAGCCUGCUCAAGUCCUCCUUCCUUCCCAAGAAGUCCGAAUGGGGCGCCACCAGGCAGGCCGCCGCCGCGCCCAGGCCGGCCACCGUCUCCGUGGUCGUCCGCGCCUCCGCCUACGCCGAUGAGCUCGUCAAGACCGCGAAAACGAUCGCGUCGCCUGGGCGUGGCAUCCUGGCGAUGGACGAGUCGAACGCGACGUGCGGGAAGCGGCUGGCGUCCAUCGGGCUGGAGAACACGGAGGCGAACCGGCAGGCGUACCGCACGCUGCUGGUGACGGCACCGGGGCUGGGCCAGUACAUCUCCGGCGCCAUCCUCUUCGAGGAGACGCUGUACCAGUCCGCCGUCGACGGCCGCAAGAUCGUCGACAUCCUGGUGGAGCAGGGCAUCGUCCCCGGGAUCAAGGUGGACAAGGGCCUCGUCCCGCUCGCCGGCUCCAACAACGAGUCCUGGUGCCAGGGCCUCGACGGCCUCGCCUCCCGCGAGGCCGCCUACUACCAGCAGGGCGCCCGGUUCGCCAAGUGGCGCACCGUCGUCAGCAUCCCCAACGGCCCCUCCGAGCUCGCCGUCAAGGAGGCCGCCUGGGGCCUCGCCCGCUACGCCGCCAUCUCACAGGACAACGGGCUGGUGCCGAUCGUGGAGCCGGAGAUCCUUCUCGACGGCGAGCACGGCAUCGAGCGGACGUUCGAGGUGGCGCAGAAGGUGUGGGCGGAGACCUUCUACGCGAUGGCGGAGAACAACGUGAUGUUCGAGGGCAUCCUGCUGAAGCCAUCCAUGGUAACGCCGGGGGCGGAGGCCAAGGACCGGGCGACGCCGGAGCAGGUGGCCGAGUACACGCUGAAGCUCCUCCACCGUCGGAUCCCGCCCGCCGUGCCUGGGAUCAUGUUCCUCUCCGGCGGGCAGUCGGAGGUGGAGGCGACGCAGAACCUCAACGCCAUGAACCAGGGCGCCAACCCGUGGCACGUGUCCUUCUCCUACGCGCGCGCGCUGCAGAACACCUGCCUCAAGACCUGGGGCGGGCAGCCCGAGAAGGUCAAGGCCGCGCAGGACGCCCUGCUGCUCCGCGCCAAGGCCAACUCCCUGGCCCAGCUCGGCAAGUACACCUCCGACGGCGAGGCAGCCGAGGCCAAGGAGGGCAUGUUCGUCAAGAACUACAGCUACUAA